CUUCGUUUUAAUCACAAACGAAAGACCAAAAACCUUUGUGUAAGCAAACAGGAAUCAAAAUGGGAACCGUCAUAGAUUCCCAUUUCUUAGCUCUAACGGCCAUUGUUACUGUGGGAUAUCAGUUAUUUUUCUUUAUUGUCACUGCUCUUCUCAAGUUUGAUAAAGUCACCGACUUUGCUGGAAGCACAAAUUUUGUUAUAAUUGCGGUGUUGACUCUGGUAAUUAAAGGAUCAUGGCAUUUUCGACAGGUAAUCUUGACUUUGCUUGUAGUAAUAUGGGGACUACGCUUGGGACUAUUUCUAUUGAUGAGAAUUUUGCAAUGGGGCGAGGAUCAACGUUUUGAUGAGAUGCGUAGUAAUUUGGGGAAAUUAGCAAUUUUCUGGAUAUUUCAGGCUGUCUGGGUGUGGACUGUGAGUUUACCUGUAACCGUUGCCAAUGCGAGCGAUAGAGAUCCAUCCGUUCAGGCUGCAGACAUCAUAGGGUGGAUUAUGUGGUCAGUGGGUCUCUAUAUUGAAGCUACGGCUGAUCAGCAAAAGCUUUUUUAAGAAUUCUCCGAAAACAGAGGAAAGUGGUGCAAUAUUGGACUAUGGAAAUACUCUCGUCAUCCAAACUAUUUCGGUGAGAUUUUCCUUUGGUGGGGAAUUUUCAUCGCCUCUGUUCCAAUACUCGAAGGUGCUGAAUGGCUCGUAAUUCUUGGGCCAAUCUUUCUGACAUUGCUACUUCUUUUUGUUAGUGGCCUACCACUGCUCGAGGAGUCCUCGGACAAGAAGUUUGGUACUGUUCCUGCAUAUAGGACUUACAAGAAAACAACUAGUCCUCUCAUUCCACUGCCUCAAAUCGUAUAUGGGAACCUACCGUUAUGGGUCAAAGCUACUUUUCUCUUUGAAUUUCCUUUCUACAGUCGGAGUUUGCCGCAAGUAGGGCCAAACUGGCAGAAAUCAAGGAUGGAUUAGAAGUGGUAGUAUUCCUUGGUUUGACACGGAUUGCCGAGGUCUAGCACUGGGCACCUUUAACGUGAAAGCAAUAGGACCGUAUGGCAAUGCUAUUGUAGUGUUCUUGUUCUUGAAAUUCUUCACUUGGGAGAGCUUUUAAUUUUCUACCUCAUCUGAUUAGACUUUACCUUCUUGUAACAUUCUUCUUGUCCUUGUAUCCUCUCUUAUGAAAAUAAAGACCAUUUGCUUUGGG